GCCCGGCCCCAUCCCCCAGGUUUUUCGGAAGGGGGAGGGGGCGCGUCUCGGCGAGUCACGGUGAUGGCGGCCACCGGCCUGUGGUGAGCUAGCGGAUUCUCUACUUGUUUCCAAGAGGUCCUCGAGGCUCCUGUAGACUCAGUGGCUGGCGCCAGGAACUUGACAAAGCACGGCGGCCCGAGGUCGCGGGAAAGGCCGCAGUCGCGGAGGUAGCGACGCGGUCCGAGGCCACGGCUGGGGGAGAGGCCGAUCCGCGGAGCGAAUGUGACAAACCCCCACCCCCAUCGCCUUCCUCCCGAGAGCACGAGGAGCGCGGGCGACCCCGGGGCCCCGCCAGGCCACAGACCCCGCCCAGCGGCCAGCACCCGGAGCAGGCCCGGCAGCGGAGCGGCGCGGCGGCACCAUGCAGGUCACCCUGAAGACUCUGCAGCAGCAGACCUUUAAGAUCGACAUCGACCCAGACGAGACGGUGAAAGCACUGAAAGAGAAGAUUGAAUCCGAAAAGGGGAAAGAUGCCUUUCCUGUAGCGGGUCAGAAAUUAAUUUAUGCAGGCAAAAUCCUCAAUGAUGAUACUGCUCUAAAAGAAUAUAAAAUUGAUGAGAAAAACUUCGUGGUGGUUAUGGUGACAAAACCCAAAGCAGUGACAACACCAGCACCAACAACAACUCAGCAAUCAAAUCCUGCCACCACAACCACAAUUAGUUCCUCCACGGCACCAGCUGUGGCUCAGGUCCCAACCCCCACCCCUGCAUUGGCUCCCGCUCCCACACCUGCGUCUGUCACUCCAGCAUCAACAACAACAUCUUCUGAGCCUGCACCUGCUAGUGCAACAAAACAGGAGAGCCCUGCAGAAAAGCCAACAGAAACACCAGUGGCUAGUAGCCCAACAUCAACUGACAGUACAUCAGGAGAUUCUUCUCGAUCAAACCUUUUUGAAGAUGCAACAAGUGCACUUGUGACUGGUCAGUCUUAUGAAAAUAUGGUAACUGAGAUCAUGUCAAUGGGCUAUGAACGAGAGCAAGUAAUUGCCGCCCUGAGAGCCAGUUUCAACAACCCUGACAGAGCAGUGGAGUACCUUUUAAUGGGGAUUCCCGGAGACAGAGAAAGUCAGGCUGUGGUUGACCCCCCUCCAGCAGCUACUACUGGGGCUCCUCAGUCUUCAGUGGCUGCAGCCGCAGCAACUACGACAGCAACAACUACAACAACCAGUUCUGGAGGACACCCCCUUGAAUUUUUACGGAAUCAGCCUCAGUUUCAACAGAUGAGACAAAUUAUUCAACAGAAUCCUUCUCUGCUUCCUGCAUUGCUACAACAGAUAGGUCGAGAAAAUCCUCAGUUACUACAGCAAAUUAGCCAACAUCAGGAGCAUUUUAUUCAGAUGUUAAAUGAACCAGUUCAAGAAGCUGGUGGUCAAGGAGGAGGCAGUGGAGGUAGCAGUGGAGGAAUUGCAGAAGCUGGAAGCGGUCAUAUGAACUACAUUCAAGUAACGCCUCAGGAAAAAGAAGCUAUAGAAAGGUUAAAGGCAUUAGGAUUUCCUGAAGGACUUGUGAUACAGGCAUAUUUUGCUUGUGAGAAGAAUGAGAACUUGGCUGCCAAUUUUCUUCUACAGCAAAACUUUGAUGAAGAUUGAAAGGGACUUUUUUUUUUUUUAAUCUCACACUUCACACCAGUGCAUUACACUAACUUUGCUCACUGGAUUGUCUGGGAUGACUUGGGUUCAUGUCCACAAUACUUGGUAUAAGGUAGUAGACGGUUGGGGGUGGGGAGGGAGGGGUCUAGGAUAUAGGGCAGGGAUAAAUACAGUGCAUGUCUGCUUCAGUUAGCAGAUGCUGCAGAUCCACACAAUAUGUAAAAUAGACAACCAAAAACCAGCUUUUGCAGGUCUUUAUAUCUUGUAUAAAACAGUAGGUAAUUUCCUAGUUUCACUCUUUUUAGUAUACUAGAUCCAGAAAUUUAGUGUAAUGCCCUGCUUAAUAUUUCUUUGACUUAACAUUGGUUUCAGAAAGAAUCUCUGCUACCUAGAAUCUACAGUCUGUAUUUCAUGGCAACACUGGAUAAUGGCUUUAUGAAAUUGAAAAAAAAAUUUUGGAAGAUCUAUAAACAGAAAUGCCAAAUUAUUGAUGGUUAUUGUUGCUGCUUCAAAUAAGUAUAAAAUUAAUGUCAAGAAAGCCCAUUAUUUCAUGUUAAAUACUUGGGGUGGGGGAGGGAAGAAGGGGAACCUUUUCUUAAAACGAAAAUAAUUACUGCUAUUUUCAAAUCUCUUGAUCAUUGAAUGUGAGACCCUUCUAACAUGAUUUGAGAAGCUCUAUAAGUAUAGGCAGAGUUAUUUUCCUGUUUACAUUUUUUGGUUUGUUUGGGGGGGAAAUUGGUAGGUGUCUAAUUACUGUUUACUUCCUUGUUACAUUGCAGUAAAAGUUUUAAAACCACCAUUGCAUGUUUGCUUUUGAUGUAUCCCUUUGUGAAAAUAGCGCUUUGGGGCCAAUGGAGCAACACAACCUUCAUGCUCCCUCUCUCCCCUUCCCUCAGCAGAAACGUGUUUGUCAGCAAGUCGUGAGUUCAAACUGCUGCCUUUUUUUAAACCCCACAAAAUGCUGAUUCAGUUUAAAAUUAAUGCAAAUGUUUCAAAACUGGGUUUCUGAUAUUUGUAAAUGUUUUUCCUUAUUAGAUAAGAAUGUAUGACCAUUAAAGUCAUUAGGAUUAUAUUACUUUCAAAAAGAAGAGGUGGACAGAACUAUAAUCCUGCACCUUUUAUUGCAUUGGAAAGACUGGUGAAAUCUUUUGGAAGGGUUGGGAGGUGUGGCUGGAAAGAACUUUGGAAAAUAUACAAUCAAGAUAUCUUGUGGCAUAUUAAAAGAAAAAUCUUAAUAGCAGUGUUGGCUUUUAUUUGGAUUUUUUUUUUCAUCUCAGUUUUUUCUUUAUAAUCUCCCUCAUUGGCAUUAUUUGACCAUAAAGAGG